GCACUCUAGGCCCGCGGGCGGCUCUGGCUGAGGCGGCGGCAGUGGUGAUAGCGGCUACGGCUAUGGGGAGCGGAGGCGUAAUCCACUGUAGGUGUGCCAAGUGUUUCUGUUAUCCUACAAAGCGAAGAAUAAGAAGGAGACCCCGAAACCUAACCAUCUUGAGUCUCCCAGAAGAUGUGCUCUUUCAUAUUCUGAAAUGGCUUUCUGUUGGCGAUAUCCUCGCUGUCCGAGCUGUACACUCCCACCUGAAGUACCUGGUGGACAACCAUGCCAGCGUGUGGGCAUGUGCCAGCUUCCAGGAGCUGUGGCCUUCUCCGAAGAACCUGAAGCUCUUUGAAAGGGCUGCCGAAAAAGGGAAUUUUGAAGCUGCUGUGAAGCUGGGCAUAGCCUACCUCUACAAUGAAGGCCUGUCUGUGUCCGAUGAGGCCCGUGCGGAAGUGAAUGGCCUGAAGGCCUCUCGCUUCUUCAGCCUCGCUGAGCGACUAAAUGUGGGGGCUUCACCCUUCAUCUGGCUCUUCAUCCGCCCGCCCUGGUCGGUGUCCGGAAGCUGCUGCAAGGCCGUGGUACACGAGAGCCUCCAGGCGGAGUGCCAGCUGCAGAAAACCCACAGAGCGUCCAUACUGCACUGCUUGGGGAGAGUGCUGAGUCUCUUCGAGGAUGAAGAGAAACAGAAGCAGGCCCGGGACCUGUUUGAAGAGUCGGCCAAUCAGGGGUGUUUGACCAGCUCGUACCUCCUCUGGGAAAGUGACAGAAAGACGGACAUGUCAGAUCCCGGACGAUGCCUCCACAGCUUCCGGAAACUCAGGGACUUUGCUGCCAAAGGUUGCUGGGAAGCGCAGCUGUCUUUAGCCAAAGCCUGUGCAAAUGGAAACCAGCUUGGACUAGAAACGAAAGCUUCCAAUGAGAUAGUCUGCCAGCUGUUCCAGGCCUCCUACGCCGUCAGUAAGCAGACGGUCUUCUCCGUGCAGAAGGGCCUCAAUGACACAAUGAGGUACAUCCUGAUCGACUGGCUGGUAGAAGUCGCCACCAUGAAGGACUUCACGAGCCUGUGCCUUCACCUGACCGUGGAGUGCGUGGACCGGUACCUGCGGAGGCGGCUGGUGCCCCGGUACAGGCUCCAGCUGCUGGGCAUCGCCUGCAUGGUCAUCUGCACCCGGUUCAUCAGCAAGGAGAUCCUGACCAUCCGAGAGGCCGUGUGGCUCACAGACAACACGUACAAAUACGAGGACCUGGUGAGGAUGAUGGGGGAGAUCAUCUCCGCCCUGGAAGGGAAGAUUCGAGUCCCCACCGUGGUCGAUUACAAGGAUGUCCUGCUGACACUGGUCCCCAUGGCAGCAAGAACCCAGCACCUGUGCAGCUUCCUCUGUGAGCUCUCCCUGCUGCACACCAGCCUGGCCGCCUAUGCCCCAGCCCACCUGGCUGCAGCUGCCCUGCUCCUGGCAAGGCUGACACAUGGGCAGACCCAGCCCUGGACCACUCGGUUGUGGGACCUCACUGGGUUCUCCUGUGAAGACCUCAUACCCUGUGUCCUAAGCCUUCAUCAGAAGUGCUUCCACGAUGAUGUCCCCAAGGACUACAGGCAAGUCUCUCUUACUGCCGUGAAGCAGCGAUUCGAGGACAGGCGCUACGGAGAGAUCAGUCAGGAAGAGGUGCUGAGCUACGGCCAGUUGUGUGCAGCUCUUGGAGUGAAACAGGAGAGCCCGGAACCUGCAUCUUUCCUCAGCGCGGGGGAAAUUCACGCUUUCCUCAGCUCUCCCUCCGGAAGGAGAACCAAGCGGAAACGGGAGAACAGCCUCCAGGAGGACAGGGGCAGCUUUGUCACCACUCCUACUGCAGAGCUGUCGAGCCAGGAGGAGACGCUGCUGGGCAGUUUCCUGGACUGGAGCCUGGACUACUGCUCUGGCUACGAGGGCGACCAGGAGAGUGAGGGCGAGAAGGAAGGCGAUGUAACGGCUCCCAGCGGUGUCCUCGAUGUCACCGUGGUCUACCUGAACCCAGAACAGCACUGCUGCCAGGAAUCAAGCGAUGAGGAGGCCUGCCCAGAGGAGGAGGGGUGCCAGGACCUGCACAUGUUGGCACCAGGCACCCAGACACCUCAGACCCCAGGGCUUGAGCCCCCUCUCAGCAGCAGGAGGGGGCCAGGCAAGGACAUCACAACCUCAGGGUACUCCUCUGUCAGCAGCGCAAGUCCCACAAACUCCAUGGAUGUCUUGGGGGACCCUCCCCGAUCUACCUCAGUGCUGUCCCCCGGCAGCAACUUGAACACACAGCCUUGCCACCAUCACGCCAGGAAGUCAUGUUUACAGUGUCGUUCCCCGAGCCCCCCGGAGAGCAGUGUUCCCCAACAGCAGGUGAAGAGGAAAAACCUAUCCACCCACAGUGAGGAGGAGGAGGACAUGAACUUAGGCUUUUUGAACCUGUGAGUGUGUCAGAGCACUUGCUGCAGUGAAUGUUUGCUGAGGGAGGGCUGCUGUUGCACUAGCGAGGGGAGGGGACACUGGAGAUGGAUCCCUGUAGACCUCCUGGUAGCCAUCGCAUGGGGAUCAGAGAGAACUUGGGGCGGUAAGUUUCUUUCUCCAGGGAAGCCCACUGGGAGCCAUCAAGAUGUCUAAAUCACAACAAAAACUCAGAUCCUUCUCUUUGGAAAGUUUAGCCUCAAAGCAAUCAUACCACACUGCGUGACACCUAUUUCUCUGUCUCCUCCUAUGUCUGUCCUACUUUCCCUGGAAAGCUUAAGCGUACAUCCUGAUCUUCUCAGCCCCACUGAGCCUCACUCCAGUAGGCGACAGCUUUCACAGUUGAGAACAUGUGUGACCCAGGUAUCCUGGCACAGCUUCCCCCUCCCUGCAUCUGUCUGAUUUGCUGUCCAGGGGGAGCCAGCAGCUCUGAGCCCACCACCAUCCCUGCAUUGUUGGACUGUGUGUGACUACCAGGAGCAGGGGCCCUGACUUUUGCUGGCCAGGGCCUUGAUGUCUUGGUCACAGGCUCCCUCCUCAUAUUCUCAGCUCAUUUUAGAAAUCUGUCCCUUCUCCUGUGAUGAUUUGUCUGUGUCCCCAACAGAUAGUGUCUGUAUGAACAUCUCUCUUUGCACUGAAUUUCUGGGUCAUUUCUUUUCCUGUCUUUAUUUCCAUUCUUCAUUCCUCUAAGCAAAAAGAAAAUUAAAAAUAGAAAGUAUUAAUUUAAAAAAAACCCUCAACAUUAUUUAGGCUUAACUAAAAAGAAAAUUUGAUCCAAACCCCUCAGUGACACUUUUUAUGCAAAAAGAAUUUUCCCAGAGAGGCUAGCCAGAAAAAAAUUACAUCAAUUUUAAUACCUGAAGUGAUCAAGAUGCAGAAGGAGAUUCAGAGGACCUGCCCCUGCUUGCCAGGUGAGGGUGUAUCUGCUGUGGGUUCCCCAGAAUAAUGACAGCAGAGACCUGACGAAGACUGACCCUGGCCUCUCCCCAGUUGGGUUGACCACUGACAAGCUCACGCUGCUGAUAGCUUUUGUUUCCUCUCAAACAUCAGAAAGAACCACUUGGCCAGGAGUGUCCCCCAAAUGCUCUUGAACCAAAACUACAGGGACAUGCAGAUGCUGAUUCAGUGAGGCUUUUCUGGGUGCGUGCGUGUGUGAGUUGUGUUGAUGUCCCUGCGGGAGCUAUCUUUUUGCUACUGUUAUAGAAUUCUCACCACCCGGGGUUGGGUGUGGUUGAGUAAGGGAACCUCAGCAUUGGGAUUGCAGACCUCCCCUAUUGACUGUGUGCCCCUGGGCAUGUGUGAGUUUCAGUUUCCUCAUCUGUAAGAUGGGGCAAUAAUACCUACCUCACAGGGGUGUUGUGAGGAUUAAAUGUGA